AUGCCGUCGACUGCGCAGGAAAACCUAACGGAUUAUGCGAAUGCUCGCCUUCCUUUGCGUACUGCCUGGAUGGAGUCGCGACACCCCGAGAUGCCCAUCUUCUCGUGUUUGACCAAAAUAAAGGGCAAUGUGACUUCCCGGAGUGCUGCUCGACCAAGGUUCCAUUGCCUGGAAUGGUAUCUGCGCCGCAUCAUUCACCGGUGCCUGUAGUGCAACAAUUCGCCCCCGUUCCCGUGGUGCAACAACCCGCUGCUCUGCCUGCGGUGCCCCUGCACCUGUGAUGCAACAACUCGUUGCUCAGCAUGCGGUUCACCAGUCCACUGUGGUACCAAUAGU